AGUCGGCGUCAGAAGAAUCACGUGUCCCCGCGCCGUGCCCCGCCCCGCCCCCGUGUGAUUGACAGCUCUGUUCCGGGCCGGGAACCGGAAGCAGUAUUCGGGGCUGGGGUUUCCCGGGCUGGCGGCGCACGGGCUCUUCCUUUCGGUCGGAAACCUCGAAGCGGCAGCAAUAUGCCUCCCAAAGACGACAAGAAAAAGAAGGAUGGAAGCAAGGGUAAAAAAGAUAAAGACCAAGCCAACAAGAGUGCGGGGAAGGCCAAAAAGAAGAAGUGGUCAAAAGGAAAAGUGCGAGACAAGCUGAACAACUUGAUCCUGUUUGACAAAGCCACCUACGACAAAAUGUUGAAGGAGGUGCCCAACUACAAACUCAUCACCCCGUCAGUAGUCUCUGAAAGACUGAAGAUCAGGGGCUCUUUGGCCAGGUCUGCCCUCCAGGAGCUACUCUCAAAAGGCCUGAUUAAGCUGGUGUCCAAACACAGAGCCCAGGUCAUCUACACACGGAACACCAAGGGAGGAGACCCGCCUCCUGCUGCUGCUGCUGCUGCCGCCACCGCCCCUGCAGCUGCUGCCGCCGCCACCGCCACAGCCAGUGCUGCUGCUGACGACGCGUAAACAGG